AUGACGUCAAACAGACCCAACGAUAGGCCUGGCUACACAGGCAGAGCGACCAACCCGUUUCCAAACUCUCAGAAUCAGGUUCACCAAAGCCCCUUUGCGAAUACAGCUCCUCCUCAUUCGCAAGCAGCUCAAAGUUUACCCUAUCCACCAGGAAACUACGGACAACCAAUGAAUCCAGCACCUCUAGGUAAAGUAGCACGAAAAAAUAUUAUUUUAGGUCAAUUUUAUCCACCUAGCGCAUCACAGGGGCCUCCGCCACCGCCGCCGCCUAUGGGCGCAGCUCAACCAGCAGUGGUCAACAGGGCAGGAGCGCCCGGAAGCGGGUACGCAAACCCGCCGAGCGUACACUUUACAGCGAGCUUGGAUUACAGCGCACAAGUCCCACCAGCAUUCUCAGAACCAGUGCCUCCGCCGAAGAUGGAUGAACUGGGCCAGCAAGUUCCAGGACCAGGAACGACGAGACCUGUGACGAAGACGGCAGCCGGACAAGUGUUCCACGAAAAUCUGGCAGCGACGACAGUGGGAUUUAAGCCGGACGACAGCGCGUUGGAUUCAGUGGUGCUCAUGAAUACCACUAAAAACUUCGUAUCGCUGUCAGUGGAGACGCUGCCAGCGACGGAUCAACUGUACCAAAAGUCAAACUUGACACUGUCAUACACAAUAGCGCCAUUGAACCAAGUGGAAGACGUGCCGUUGCUGAACUACGGGAGUGAGCCAAUCACGAGAUGUAAGUCGUGCAGAGCGUACAUCAACCCGUUUGUGCGCACGGACCCGUCGAAGAGGUUCUGGCUGUGUAACCUGUGUGAAACGUCGAACGAGCUGCAGGGAAAGUAUUUGUCAGCAUUCAACCACUUCUACGGAAGCAACCACAGCGCAGGAAACAGCGAAGUGGACUACGAGCUUAAGUGCGGAGUAGUGGAGUACAUAGCAUCAGCAGACUACACAGUGAGGCCGCCGCAGCCGCCAGUGUACCUGUUCCUUAUCGACGUGUCAGCGAACGCAGUUAACUCGAGAAUGGUGGAGAUGGUGUGUAAGACAAUCAAAGAACUGAUACUGGAGGGAGGGUUCGGAACGGAAGAUAGAACGAUGGUAGGAAUCAUGACGUUCGACACCUCAGUGCAUUUUUAUCAAAUCUCGCAAGGAAUGGAUAACUUUCAACUGCUGAUAGUAUCGGACCUGGAAGAUUUGUUCCUGCCGCUGCCAGGAGACAUCGUGGUAAACCUGGAAGAUUCGUCACAAGAGUUGCUUAAACUAUUGGAGGCGCUUCCACUAUUGUGGAAGGAAACGACAGUGAAUGGAUCCUCAAUGGGAAGUGCAAUUAGAAGCGCACACUACGCAAUGAAGCACGUGGGAGGGAAGUUGGUAGUGUUUACAUCCUCGCCGUGCAUGUACGGAGACUUCUCAAUGACAGCAGCACAGAAGGCAGCAACAGAGCCGCAGACGAGCACAGUGUUGAACCUGAACAAGAAGCCAGUGACGAAGGUACAGCCAGUGGAAAAGUGUAAGGACUUCAGCGCAACAAUGUCGCAAACACAGACGUCAUUAGACCUGUUUGUGUGUACACCACAGCAACUAAACCUGGAAAAACUAAGGUUCUUUGCAACACUGACAUCAGGAAACAUAUACUAUUACCCAUAUAAGCAUCACAGUGAAAAUCGGAAGUUGGUGGAAGAGCUGAGACACCUCGUCAAAAGAACAACAGUCUGGGAGAGCGUAAUGAGAAUAAGGCUGAGCAAGGGGUGGAAGGUGACCAACUGGUUCGGAAACUGCUUCCUGAGAGGAAGUGACCUGAUGGUGCUGCCGACGACGUCAGAAGAUCACACGUACACAAUAACAUUUGCGCCAGAUGCAUCGAGCGGAACGACAAACACAGCCGCGACCAAAAAGGUCAUGUACAUACAAACAGCCUUGUUACACACAAAUAGUUACGGAGAACGCAGAAUACGUGUGUUUAACACAGCAAUUCCAGUCUCAAAUGAUCUAGGUACUGUGUUGAAUAGUGUUAAUGUUGAAGCGUUGGUAUACAAUAUGUUAUUGGGAGCGAUCAAAGUUAACUAUACAAGCGGAAAGUUGGUGGAUGCAAGAAGUUACCUGACGGGAAGUUGCUCAAGAGUGACGAGUAGCAUGAGCAUACUGGGCUCAACAGCAGACGCAGUAAGAGUGUUGGCGUUGUACGUGUUAGGAUUGCUUAAAAGCGCACUCUUCACGGAAGAACACAACCACGACCUGAGAGUGUACCUGAGCACGAAGUUUAGAAGCUGUAAAAUAGACCAAGUGAUACUGUACGCGUACCCGCAGCUGUAUAACCUAACCAACGAGUUGAACUCGCAAGAAUUGCUCCUGCAAGGCUUGCCACUGGCACUGGAGUCACUUGUCCAGGAGUGCUGUUACCUGCUGUUCAACGGAGAGUACGUGCUGCUGUGGGUGGGAAAAAAUGUGCCAAAUAACUUCAUGCAAGCAACAUUCGAUGUGCCAUCAUUUGAACAGUUGAACGUAGCACUGGUGCCACACGCACUGGAACAAAUGUCGACACCAAACGCACAUAAGCUGAGAAUGGCACUGGAAACACUGAGAGAAAGACUGCCACCAUACGUGCCACUGAUGGUGCUGAAGCAAAACGAAGCAGACGGACUGUUCUACGCAAACCUAAUACAAGAUAAAACACAAGGAAUGAUGGUGACAUUCCAAGAAUUCUUUAACUCAGUACAGCCAAGAUCAACAAUACAACUGAAUCGAUGA